GCUCGAUUUUGAUCCCUGGCGCACACCACAAGCUAAACGAGCAAAGGGUCAAAAGCCGCAGCUAAGCGGCCGUAACACACUAGCACACAGCCCAGCCAAGCAAAAACCCCUGGAUUGUUCACGCUGGUGGCCUAAACCGCUCUCUCUCUGGCUCAUUACGCGACCGUACCUAUUUACGGGAGGUCCCGCAAGACUGACCUCCUCGAAACGACGACUCCAGCGACGGCAGAGACAGCCCCAGCAGAACCCACAGCCGCAGCGAUGGCAGAGGACCAAAGCCAGCCCAUCCCCACGCGCGGCCGCCUCGCGCCGAGCUGGAGCGAAGCCCUCGCGAGAACGGACAAGCCCAAGCUAGGGGGAGAUGCCUGCUGGGGCGGCGCCGCGACCUUAGCGGAGGAGCUCGCUCUACUCGGCGACUUCAUGGCACCCAGGAGAAUCGAGGACGCCGUCGAGCAAGGACUGGUGAACGCCGUCUCGGAAGCCUGCAAAACCGCUUGUAAUGCGGAGGCUUUCCGGAUUGGGCCGCCGACGCAGUGUCGGCUCAGUGGUGAUCCAGCCUUGCUCUGCUGCGUGACGGCCAAGUCCGCGGAUUCAUUGGCCAAAGAGUUGGAGAAGGACCCGGCCAACGUAAAAGUCGACGCCGUCGACGACGCGAACGCGCGCUCGGCCUGCGGUGACGUGCUGUUAUCCGGUGCGCGAGUAGGUUGUGUGUUGGUCGAGCGUGCGAGUGGUGCCCGCGCCCAUAUUGCACUCGUAGAAAACGUGGACUACGCCGAGGCUUUGCGGUUACGCAACGCCGACGCGGCGGCACGGUUCAAUGCGCUAGCGCCUCGGUCUACCAGAGAGUCCGCAGUACCGAGAGUGUUCCGGACGGCGUUGUGUGUACAUGGUCUGGACUCGGCGCGGGGCCUGGGCUGGUCAAAAUUAGCCGAAGCCUUACAUGCACUGAACGAAUUGCGGCGCCAUCCGUCCAAAGCCAGACGCGGCGAUGAGGCUUCCCUAGAACUCUGUGAUAGACCUCUGUACGUCAACGACAAAAACGUACUUCGCGAUAAGGAAGACCACGGCCUCACAGAUGAUCAAGAGUUCCUCAGCUUCUCGACUGAUGCGCCCCUCACCGAGGAACGCACAAGGAAGGUCCUCUCAGACUUACGAAGACGAGUCCUAGCAGCACACCGAGGCGGCGGCCUCACCUGCGAGCAGCUGCGUCGAGACUCGCGGCGGAACACGUACAAGACUGGCAGCUAUUUUACUGAUGACGGCGACCUCGAAGAAUUGGAUCGGGAUUUGGUGGAGCAGGCGAAGCUACGACUGCAGAAUGGCGAGAUGCUGCAGCGGCCCCUGGAUCUCUUCGACAAGGCUCCUGUCCAGAAGAUAACAUACUCGAAGGAGACCGCGUUAGUUGUGGCAGAAGAUGAAGACCAGCGGGCUACCAAAAAAAGAAGAGGUGGCGCUCUGUUGCGGCUCGUGGAGUCGGCGAGACCGCCUCCUCCACUCUUCGGGCCGCCACCGCCGCGGACGGCCGACGAGCAGCGCUGCGCCGCCGCUGUUGAUUGCGCUCGGUUGGAGCCUGCGUGGAAAUCAACCAGUGCGUCGGGUGCACCCGACAAUUCGUCACUAAGUCAUUUCUCGGCGAUGGCGCGGCCGUCCUGGCUCGGUCGAGCGGUGAGGAACGAGCACCACCACGCUAUGGAGCAGGCGUCGCGUCGAUGGCGUGGAGGACGACGCGACGAUUCGAAUGCGCCGUAAAAUUUUGAUUUCCACACAGGUUGGAGCUGGAAGCCGCCGGUACGUCCAAGAACAACUCCGUCUUAGGUGCAGCCUUACCGGGAGGGGCUUUACGCGACAUGCGGGCGAGGCAGCUCCUCGCCAUUUUUGUCAGGUCCUGCGGAAGCGCCAAUAGAGGCUCAGAUGUCCUAUCGGUCCAAAGCGCCUACGCCGCUUGCCUGUUACGUGUCUUGAAGCACGACGCCCCUUAUCCGGAAGCCUGGUCUCCAACAGAACCACUCGGCGCGCAGGGGGCCCUGUGGCGCGCGACACGGCUCGGCGACUCGAACUUGGAGCAUAGGGAGGCGGCUCUGAGACCGGCUCCCUUGCACGGUACUGCGAGAGAUUGUAAAGCUCGAGCGGACGUCGCCGACGACGCCUACGAGGCCAUUGGCCAUUUGACGGCGGCAUUGGGUGCUUCUCCCUCCAAUGCUUCGUUACUGGCUCAAAGAGCGGCAGCUUAUCUAGCUUGCGACCUGACGAACCACGCCCGCUCCGACGCCGCGAGAUGCUUGGCCUUAGCACCGGCCUGGGACGGCGCGUUGAGAUGUGCCGCGCAAGUCGUGCACGGGUCGCAGCCGAUGCUGAGCGCCUUGCAGGACUACGCCGCUUUGGUCCGACGGCAGGCGCCGGCUCCUUCCGAUGUAACGGACGCUCCACCUGUCUCGGGAGAUAUUGCGUCGUUGAAAAGUUACGCGGACGGGGAAUUCCGAGCCAAGCGCCUCCCCGAGGCCGUGACGGCCUAUACCCGAUGCAUCGCAAAAUGUGCGGACGAGGACGACGUCGACCCACAAACGGUGGCGGCUUUGUUCUCGAACCGGGCCGCGGCCUGCAUGGCUCUCAAUUCAUUCGGCGACGCUCUUAGGGAUGGGGUUGCUGCCGCAGCUGUAAAGCCGGACUGGGUCAAGGGACAUGUGAGAGUCGCUUUAGCGCUGCGGGCCCUGAACCUACCUAGGGAAGCCAUCGCGGCCUACCACAGCGCUCUCAGGUGCAAACCGGGCGACGCGGACCUCAACCUAGGCCUCUGCGACGCCGUCCAAGAAGCUAGUUCUAAAUAAAUCUGUUAUUCAUGUAGUCCCGCAGCUUUGCGUUCUCGGUCCGGAGCUUGUCGUUUUCUUCUCUCAAUUUCUCGUUGGCCGACUCCAACACUUGAUUGGCCGCGACGAGCUCCUCGUUUCGUCGCCGGAACACGCGACACGCACUCUCAGGAGAAUGGUCGAAUAAUCUUUGCCGUUCCCGCGCCUCGGGCGCCGAGGCGCGUCGAUGGGGCCGUCGCGGCCCGUAUUUCGACACCCGCCCAUCCAGACCCGGAUCAUAAUCAUCGAGCUUAUCUAAAAUCUGGCCGUGCGUCUUCUCGGCCUUGCGGAUGAGCGACGCGCAGCGCUCGGCGUCCUUCAUGUCGCCCGGUUUGUCCGUGAAACUUCCUUUCCGGAAGGAGAAGGACGCUCUUGACGAGCGGGACGACCGGUCCGAUCUUGCUGAAACGGGCCUGCUUCCUUGGAAGGACGACCGCGCCGACGGGGGGCGGAAGCUCAUGGUUUUUGGCUAGUCCUCUUGGUGGUGCUGCGUGCUGCGGCGCUCGACAGCCCCUUCUUUUGGUGGCAGACGCUGCCUCGGGUGGGGUGAGUCGCCUUUGCGGCGGCCGGCGCGGUCCUACGGCCUUUACCGGAGGCAGACAGGCCAUGCAAUUGCGAGCAGGGCGGGCGCUCC